CCUCUUGAAAAAAAAAUCCUCCCACUGGAGGUGGUGUUAAUGGAGAUAGUGUCCAAGCCUCCUUGCUGUAAGAAUGUGAUGGAGCUGCUGGAAUGGUUUGAGAUGCCUGAUUUCUUCAUCUUAGUGCUGGAGCGACCCGUCCCCUGCAUGGAUCUCCAAAAAUUCUGUGCAUUUAACAACUAUCAUGGGUUGAGAGGGGGAAACCAGAGCACCCAGAGAAAACCCACGCAGACAUGGGGAGAACAUGCAAACUCCACACAGAAAGGUCCCUGUCGGCCAUUGGGCUCAAACCCAGAACCUUCUUGCUGUGAAGCAACAGUGCCACGACACCUCCGUGCCAGCCGCGACAUCAAGCUUGAAAAUAUUCUGAUCAAUCUGGACACGCUGGAGGUGAAGCUGAUCAACUUCGGCUGUGGCAAGUUGCUGACGGACGAGGUCUACAAGGACAAUAAAGGAUAUGUUGAAGAGCCUACAACACAUCGGAAUACCAAUUACAAUUCACCAGGCACUCCAUGUUACUUUCCUCUUGAAAUGAUUCUCUCUGGCAAGUAUUUUGCCAUUCCUGCUACUGUCUGGUAUCUGGGUGUGACCCUGUUAUCAGGGUUUUUCUGUAAAAAAAAAAGAAAGUCUAUUCCACUGAGCACCAUUAAAUCCAUGAUUAAGAAUUUAAAGUACAGCCUUGUGAAGGCCAUUCACCUGAGUCAGAGAAGCAACAAGGAGGCCAGGGGUAACUCUGAAGGAGCUGGAGAGCUGGAGAGGCUCACAGCUUCGAUGGGAGAAGCUGUUUACAGGUCCAGACAUUCCACAAAGCUGGGGGCUAUGGAACAGUGGUGA